UCAGGGUUGUUUUUGUUUGCUGAGAGGGUCGUUUGAUUUUAUAAAUUAGAUCUGGAUCUAGAUAUCUAGAAUAAAUUACGCAGCAAGAUGCCUGGGCAAAUGUUUGAUCAUAUUCGCGAAUUAUAUCAAGCGGAACUCUAUGAGGAUCUAAAACAGCUGUUUUGUAUUGUAAUUUCCAUGCUUGAUGGCAAUGCUGGAGGAGACCUGGGUGAGAUCCUGUCCUUACCUCAGAAAUACCAAAGUCUGGUCUAUUAUGGCGAAGCACUGUACCAACUAGGGGAAUAUAAAAAGUCAGAAAGUGUUUUUAUGAGGUGCUUACAGUUAAGAAAGACACUUAACAAAAGCAAGAUCAAAACAGUUUCCUCAACAGAGCUGACAUCUGAGGUAGAUCUGAAGUAUAAAAUUUACCAAUGUCUUCACAAGAUGAAGCAGAAUGUCGAAGCUCUUAAUAUAUUAGAAAGUAUAAGCACAAAGAAAAGGACUGCCCGUGUGAACCUUGCCCUAGCCAAACUUUACUUACAUGAAGGAAGAGACAGAUCAGCUAUCACAUGUUAUAAAGAACUUAUUAGAGAGCACCCUCUAGCCCUUGAUGCUCUGACAAGUCUCCUGACUCUAGGCAUGAGGGGUGUGGACCUAAGCUCUUAUGUCAUCAACAGUAUCCCUCAGUCGUCGUGUGAUUGGUUAAAUAGUUGGAUCAAAGGUCAAGCCCGUAUGGCAUCUAAAGAGUACAGUAGUGCCAUAACCACCUUCAGAUCUAUGGAGCCUAAGCAUGGUUUAAAAGACAAUGUACUCAUCUUGAGCUAUCUCGGGGAGGCGUGUUUUCAUGGUGGCCAUUACACACAAGCUAUGGCUCAGUUUAGGAGGGUCCACAUCAUUGACCCCUUAUACUUAAAGAACAUGGACAUGUAUGCAUAUCUUUUGUUCAAAGAGAAAAAAACAGAGGAUCUGCAUUUAUUAGCCCAAGGUCUGAUGUCUGUAUCAGAGCAUGCUGUAGAGCCCUGGGUUGCCAUGGGUUACAGCUCUCUAGCACUUCACUCAUCCAAUGCCAACAAAAACAAAACCAUCAGAGCCAUAUAUUGUGCACAGAAGGCUUACUCUAUAGACAACCUCUCAGUCCAAGCACUCGUCUUAAAAGGCACAGCUUUGUUGGAUAUGAAGAAAGGACCACAGGCUAUGCAACACUUCCAAGAAGCUGUCAGAAUGGCUCCUAACAGAUUUGAAGCUUACCAAGGUUUAAUAGAUUGUUAUGUGAGCAAUAGAAAAAUCAAAGAGGCCUUAGCAUGGGCGAUGAGGGCAUGUAAAACAAUUGGCAACAAUGCCAGAACAUUUACACUUGUGGCUCAUGUUUUAGCCAAGGACCCUGCCACAGUUGCUAAGGCCAAACAGUAUUUGAAUCGGGCCAUGACAUUUGAUGGCAACCUGCUUGACCCAGUUUACCUGAUGGUGGAUCUGCUGAUACAGGAACAAGACUUUGCUAAGGGGGUUGAACUACUGAGAAAAAUGUUAGAGAAUCACAGCACCACAAGGUUACAUCAACAGUUGGCUGAUUGCUUGGCCAGCAUGGAUCAGAGACAAGAAGCUUUAGAUCAGUAUAGCAUAUCUCUCAGCCUUGACCCCAAUAACUUUCGAGCAAGGGAAGCAAGUGAGAGAGUAGAGAAACACAAUGAGAUGGGUCUGGAUGGUACAUUUGAUGUUGAACCUGAGGAGAUGAUGAACCCUAGUGAUGGGGAGCCUGACUACAGUGAUAUGGAGAGUACCUGGUCAGAAACAGAGUUCAGCCAGCCAUGACAAUUGUUGCCACCUCAGUGAUUCCAGUGAUAAAAGAAGUGUCUGCCUGUUGGCUUAUCAGAGACUCAAAAUCUGGAGUUUGUAGCAGUGCUUGUAGUUUUGGUAGUUUGACUGAUAUUUAAAGGGGAAAAGUUGCUAGCUAAGUUCUUCAUAACAGCAUUAUUUCUCUAUUGAAAGGUUCAUAUUCUAACAAUACAUUUUUAUGUCACAUCAAAGUAAAGUCAGGCUUUGACCUUAAGUGCAAGGCUGCAUGUCAAAAUUUUAUGUGAGAUUUGUCUGGUUGUGUGAGUGGAGGUCUGACUAAAUUUUGUGUGAGAUUUGUCUGGUUGUGUGAGUGGAGGUCUGACUAAAUUUUGUGUGAGAUUUGUCUGGUUGUGUGUGUGGAGGUCUGACUAAAUUUUGUGUGAGAUUUGUCUGGUUGUGUGUGUGGAGGUCUGACUAAAUUUUGUGUGAGAUUUGUCUGGUUGUGUGAGUGGAGGUCUGACUAAAUUUUGUGUGAGAUUUGUCUGGUUGUGUGUGUGUGUGGAGGUCUGACUAAAUUUUGUGUGAGAUUUGUCUGGUUGUGUGUGUGGAGGUCUGACUAAAUUUUGUGUGAGAUUUGUCUGGUUGUGUGUGUGUGGAAGUUUGACUAAAUUUUGUGUGAGAUUUGUCUGGUUGUGUGUGUGUGGAAGUUUGACUAAAUUUUGUGUGAAAUGUGUCUGCUUGUGUGUGAGAAUUUGACAACUGCUGUAUGUUCUCAUCAAUCUAAUGUAAAACAUAAGCUGCCAACCUACUGUACAUUUUGUGGUUUUGUUUUGUUUACAAAAUGUAAUCCAACACUACUACAAUCUCUUUGGUAUGUGUGUUAAAAUAUACUGACAUUUUGUUUUAAAGAUAAAUUCCUUUUUCAAAUCUUACCAUUAAUUGAUGACUUUCAAGGAUUGUAUAUAUAAUUUACAGACAUUUUUAGUUCCAUCCUGUAAGAAUAGGCUAUACAAAUGAACUUUAAAAUUAAAACUAAAAGUGACUAACCAAACAACUAUGGCAGUGAUUUCAACCAUUGCUGUUUUGCAAAUAGAUGUGACUGGACAUUUUAAUUUUUAAAGUGUUUUUUUUUUUAAUUUUGUUCCUUGAACUGAGUCCAUUUUUUUAAAUUUUUCUGCCACAACUUGUGUUACUACUGUAACUGCUGUGGUACAUUGAAGUCACAUUUCUUCUAACAAAACAUCUGUGAUUACAGGCAUUUCAAUUUGUCUUUCAGUCUCUCCACAAAUGAUGUCCAUAUUUUAUCUCAUGUUUUCUCACUUCAUUCAAAUUAUGACUCUGGCUUGGGUUUUAAAUGUUGAACAAUAACAUGCUGACAAAAUUGCAUUUUAAAUUUUAUUAUUGACCUCUGUCCCCCUCCUUGACCCCAGCCAUCUUACACCAUGUGUUGGAUGUCCUUGACCUCAGCCAUCUUACAUCAUGUGUUAGGAUGUCCUUGACCUCAGCCAUCUUACAUCAUGUGUUAGGAUGUCCUUGACCUCAGCCAUCUUACAUCAUGUGUUAGGAUGUCCUUGACCUCAGCCAUCUUACACUAUGUGUUAGGAUGUCCUUGACCUCAGCCAUCUUACACCGUGUGUUAGGAUAUUCUUGACCUCAGCCAUCUUACAUCAUGUGUUAGGAUAUUCUUGACCUCAGCCAUCUUACACCAUGUGUUGGAUGUCCUUGACCUCAGCCAUCUUACACUGUGUUAGGAUGUCCUUGACCUCAGCCAUCUUACACUGUGUUAGGAUGUCCUUGACCUCAGCCAUCUUACACUGUGUUAGGAUGUCCUUGACCUCAGCCAUCUUACACUGUGUUGGAUGUCCUUGACCUCAGCCAUCUUACACCAUGUGUUGGAUGUCCUUGACCUCAGCCAUCUUACACUGUGUUAGGAUGUCCUUGACCUCAGCCAUCUUACACCAUGUGUUAGGAUAUUCUUGACCUCCAGCUGUAUAUUUCCCCCUGUGCUGUUCCAUCUAGCCAUUAAAACUCACACUGUCAAAGAUGGUAGACUACACGGCUGUAUAGUCAAAUUGUCCUCUAUAUAACACUGUACAUUUGGUUCCUUUUGUAAAUAGAAUAAACUUGUUUAUAAUUACUUGUA